UAAAACACUCGUAAUGAGGAGGCGCGAUCAUGGCGGACGUGUUGAGUGUUCUUCGCCUGUACAACAUCCAGAAAAAGGAGAUUGUUGCGAAAGGGGAUGAGGUUAUUUUCGGAGAAUUCUCCUGGCCUAAAAAUGUCAAGACUAACUAUGUCAUUUGGGGAACUGGAAAAGAGGGACAGCCUAAAGAGUACUACACUCUUGAUUCUAUUCUUUUCCUGCUCAACAAUGUGCAUCUUCCUCACCCGUCCUAUGUGCGGAGAGCCGCAACAGAGAACAUCCCUGUUGUAAGACGACCCGACAGAAAAGACUUGCUCUCCUAUCUCAAUGGAGAAAGCUCAUCAUCAACGAGUAUCGACAGAAGUGCGCCCAUUGAGAUUGGUUUACAAAGGCCAACGCAAGUUAAAAGGGCAGCAGAUGAAGUGUCUUCAGAGGCAAAAAAGCCUCGGGUUGAGGAUGAAGAGCGUGUGCGUCUGGAUAAGGAGCGUCUGGCUGCUCGUCUCGAGAGUCAUAAGGAAAGCAUCGUGCAGACGGAUCAGAUCAGAUCUCUGUCAGAAGCCAUGUCUGUGGAGAAGAUCGCUGCUAUCAAGGCUAAAAUCAUGGCUAAGAAGCGUUCUACCAUCAAGACUGACCUGGACGAUGACAUUACCCAGAAACAGAGAAGCUUUGUGGAUGCUGAAGUGGACGUGACCAGAGACAUUGUGAGCCGAGAGAGAGUGUGGCGGACGAGGACCACGAUUUUACAGAGCAGUGGCAAGAAUUUCUCCAAAAAUAUAUUUGCCAUCCUACAAUCAGUGAAGGCGCGGGAGGAAGGUCGGGCCCCUGAACAGAGACAGACCCAGAACCAAACUCAGGUGGAUCCAGCAAUAAGAAAUAAACAGCCAGUCCCAGCUGCCUACAACAGAUACGAUCAGGAGCGAUUCAAAGGAAAAGAAGAAACGGAGGGCUUCAAAAUUGACACUAUGGGAACUUAUCACGGCAUGACGCUGAAGUCAGUGACGGAAGGUGCAUCUGCUAGAAAGGCCCAAACACCAGCUAUGCAGCCUGUUCCCAGACCAGUCUCUCAAGCAAGACCCCUGCCUAACCAAAAGAAAGGUUCUAGAACUCCCAUUAUCAUCAUCCCUGCAGCUACAACAUCUUUAAUCACAAUGCUCAACGCCAAGGAUCUCUUACAGGACCUCAAGUUUGUCACAACAGAGGAUAAGAAGAAGCUGGGCAUUCAGAGGGACAACGAGGUUCUGCUGCAGAGACGUAAAGAUCAGGUUCAGCCAGGCGGUGCCAACAUCAGUGUCACAGUACCCUACAGAGUGAUCGACCAGCCGCUCAAACUCGCCCCACAGGACUGGGAUCGUGUAGUGGCCGUCUUCGUCCAGGGUCCUGCCUGGCAGUUCAAGGGCUGGCCGUGGCUGCUGCCGGAUGGAUCCCCCGUGGAUAUAUUUGCCAAAAUCCGAGCCUUUCACCUGAAGUAUGACGAGGCACGGAUGGACCCAAACGUACAGAAGUGGGACGUGACUGUGCUGGAGCUGAGCCACCACAAACGACAUCUGGACCGGCCCGUCUUCCUCCGCUUCUGGGAAACACUAGACAGAUACAUGGUCAAACACAAGUCCCAUCUGAGGAUCUGAGACUGCUGGCUAUCCACCGUCGAGAUCUUCCCUCCCUCCAGAGACCGGUCAAGAUGGACCGCUAGACCCCCGGUCCUCUCAGCCUUCCUGAAAGCACUUUGGAUUUCAGUAUGCUUCACCCUCUGCUGACAGCAAUUUGAUUUGUAGUCUCUUCCUCCACCCGUGGAUGAACAGGUCAGGGCGCGCGAGAGGAAAUUUGGCUGUUUGGGUUGGUCCUUGUCAUGUUUUCUCAGUAGAUAUGAAUUUUUCAAUUGUAAAUCAGUUGGUAAUCAAGGCAGAUUCAAAAGGAGAUAUUUGAUUUAUUAUUUUUUAUUUUUCCCCUUCUCUAUUUGUAAAACACGAGCUGGAUGUAAGAGAACCAUUGAAAAUGGGGACUCGUUGAUAUGAAUAAAUGACUGCUGUCUAAAACUCUUGUAAUGAUAGAUUCACUUUGUUCCUUUCUUUUCUUUUUUGGCUUUUUUCUGCCUUCUGUUCUAUGAAGCGUAGAGUAGUGCAUCGAGGUUCACUGCACAAAUGCGAAUAGUAAAUCUAAGUCAGAUUAGAGGAAAAUUUAGGAUGAGAUGCCUUUCUUCAAAACCAGCAGACAUUUAAAUGACCAGAAUUCUACGGUUCUAUGAAAUCUGUACUUCAGAUUGUUGAUGGUGAAUAUGCUCUGUAAUUCUGCAGUAUAUUGGAGAUUUUGUUCGUUUUAUCUGGAAACCCAAGUACUGCUUGCAUCUAAUUACUAUUUUUGAAAUGGAAAAUGCAGUUGCUUCCAUAACGCAAAGUCAGUUAUCAACAAGGGUACACUUU